AUGAAGGCGUUAGGUAUUAUUGUUGCUGUCCCAAACCUUUCUUCCACUGGAAUUCGUAACCGUCGGUUAUGUGUUUCAUUCUCUUCAGCUUCUUCAUCAGGACCCAAAGCAGUGAGAGUUGCAGCUCCAAAGAUUGAAUACAAACCCGGAGUCUUUGAUGAUUUGUUCCUCAAUUUGUUCCGCAACAAAUUGGUACAGGAGGUAGGAUGGGACUCAAAGAAACCUGGAUAUGAUGGACUAAUUGAAGUUGCUAACCGUCUAAUGAUGAAAGGCACUACAAAUUCCCAUACCAUAGACGCUACGGUACGAAUUUUGAGGUCUUUAUUUCCUCCAUUCCUUUUGGAGCUCUAUAAAAUGCUCAUAGCUCCUCUAGGAGGAGGUAAAGUUGCUGCUAUAAUGGUUGCAAGGGUUACUGCACUUACAUGCCAAUGGCUCAUGGGACCCUGCAAAGUCAAUUCUGUAGACCUACCAGAUGGAAGCUCGAGCAAUAGCGGGGUGUUUGUUGAAAGAUGCAAGUAUCUAGAGGAAAGCAAGUGUGUUGGUAUAUGCCUCAACACCUGUAAGUUUCCAACACAGACCUUCUUCAAGGAUCAUAUGGGAGUUCCUUUACUAAUGGAGCCCAACUUUACUGAUUACAGCUGUCAGUUCAAAUUUGGAGUGCUUCCCCCACUGCCUGAAGAUGACGCGGUCGUGAAAGAGCCUUGCUUGGAAGCAUGUCCAAUUGCUUCCCAACGAAGAAUGGCUACCAGAAACACUGGUGCCACUGCUUGCCCAAAGACAUGA